GUAUCUGCGCAUCUUGAUGUUGGACCUCACUCGUACGGUGUGAUGCCGAACUGUCCAUUUGCUGCCCACUGUCCAAGGUACCUGAGUAUGGUGGGGCCAGUGGGCCGACAAUACCCGCAGGCAGGUAUCUCCGCGUAUAGCGGGGAAAUCGAUACCAGGCAACAGGGAAGCACACCGACAUCGGGUUAACAACGGAAGACAACUAGGAGUCAGAUCUCUAUCACUAAAAGAGUCCAAAGGUUAUCAAGUGCAAAGGAAGUGACCAACCGGACGAUAUCAAACCAACCGUCUCGCUAGAUUCGGCCCUUCCGUCAAGCACCAUGACUUUCACUAUCCUCUCCGACGCUGACGUUCAGACCCUCCUUCAUAACAUCUCUCAAUCUGACGUCCAAGAAUUGGCGUCUGCUCUCAACCAAGCUCUCAUCCAAUAUUCUUGCAACGAUGAACUUCCCUACCAACCACACCGCGCCAAUGUCACUCGACCAAAUGGUCAAGUCAGCCUCUUCAUGCCCGCAACGACACCAUCAUCUAUCGGCGUAAAGAUGGUCGGUGUCGCACCAUCUCAAACGCCUCCGCCUGGAGAGAAGCCCAAGCCUGCAUUGCGGAGUGUCCUUACCAUUUGCGAUGAGUUGGGUCAGGCUGUAGGCGUGUUAAAUGCAGCUGAGUUGACGGCAUUUAGGACGUCGCUGGGUAGUAUGUUGUUGUAUCGGUACCGGAAGAAGACAGAAAACAUCAUUGUAUUUGGAGCGGGGAAGCAGGCGGAGUGGCACAUACGCCUUGCUAUUCUUCUCAAAGGGGACGACAUCCGAAAGAUCACGAUUGUAAACCGAUCCAGUGCAAGAGCAAAGGACCUAGUAGACUCACUCACACAGUCGAAAGUGGGGUCCCAUAUCAAGAUGGAAGUUUUUGAAGAGAAGGAGAAUGGUUUGGAAGACUUGAUCACCGAAGCAGAUGUCAUGUUUUGCACGACACCCAGCACAUCUCCCUUGUUCCCUGCCUCAUACCUUUUGUCCGACUCUGGUCUUAGUAAAUCCCGGUUCAUCUCUGCGAUUGGCUCCUAUCGUCUGGACAUGCAGGAGAUUGACCCCGAACUGCUUAAGCAUAUCACCAACCCUUCCGGCCCUUUUGCGUCUCAAGUGCACCAAGGGUAUAUUACAGUCGAUAGUAUCAAGGGAUGCAUGGAUGAGGCUGGCGAGUUGGUGGCCGCUGGAUUGAAACCAGAACAGAUGCUCGAGGCGGGGAAGAUAGACGGGUUGAGAGAGGAUGAAGGUGUACAGAAGUGGCUUGAGGAAGGAUUUGUGGUAUAUAAGAGCGUUGGAGUAGGUAUCAUGGAUAUCGCAAUUGGGAAGUCAUUGAUGGAUUUAGCUGCGGAGAAGGGUGUGGGUGUACAUUUGGAUAGCUUUUGAGGCGGCCUGGGAUGGAUGGGGUUGUCGACUAGUACGGUAAUGAUAAAGUCAAUAUGCUUGAAAAUAUAUUGUGGUGCUAU